AUGACGCUCCCGGAGAUGGCCGCGGCGUUCGAUAGGGCGGUGCACGACGCGCACGCGAUCGUCGAGGCGAAGCGACGGGAAAAGCUCGCGGAGCAGGCGGAAGCCGACGCGCGAAAGUUCGAGAAGAAACACCUCGCGGAGAUUGCAAAGGCGGAGCGAGCCGCCGCCGCCGCAGCGGCGAGGGAAGCCACGUCGCUCGGGAAUGCGCCAGCCCCGCGCGGGCGUGCCCUCGUCGUCGUACCGAGGAAGCGCGCGAAGAAGGCACGCGCGAAGCUUCCGAAGAAGGCGCCGCCGCCGCCGCCGCCACCGCCGCCGCAGAAGCCCGCGGCGAAGAAGCCGCGAAAGCUGAAAAACGCGAGGGCGAAGAUUGAACUCUCGCCGGUGAAGAAUCGGAGACGCCCGACGGUCGCGCCGGAGAAGGUUGGCGUCGUCGGCACGCGAAGGUCUGCUCGACUCUUGGCGACAUCUCCCGCGAUCGCGUGA